CGUGCGCCCCCGCGCAGCUCACCCGCCGCCUCUGCCCGGAGCCCGUCCAGCCGCCGCGCUGCACGCCCGGAGCGCGCCCUCUGCCCUCGAAGGGACAGGGGGUCCCGCCACUAUUAUGUUGCCCGCCAUCUACACGGCCGUGGCGGGGCUGCUGCUCGUGCCGCUGCUGGUGAACUUCUGCUGUCCGUACUUCUUCCAAGACGUGCGCUACUUUCUGCGGGUGGCGGGCGUGGCGCGACGAGCACGCAGCUAUGGGCAGCGGCGGCCGGUGCGCACUUUCCUGCAUGUCUUCCAGGAGAAGGCGCGCCAGACCCCGCACAAGCCUUUUCUGCUCUUCCGCGACGAGACGCUCACCUAUGCGCAGGUGGACCGGCGCAGCAACCAGGUGGCCCGCGCGCUGCGCGACCUCCUCGGCCUGCGCCAAGGAGACUGUGUGGCGAUCUUCAUGGGCAAUGAGCCCGCCUACGUGUGGCUCUGGCUGGGAAUUGUCAAGCUGGGCUGUGCCAUGGCGUGCCUCAACUACAACAUUCGCACGAAGUCCCUGCUGCACUGCUUCCAGUGCUCCGGUGCGAAGGUGCUACUGGUCGCGCCAGAUCUACAAGCAGCUAUUGAAGAGGUGCUCCCAACCCUGAAAAAAGAUGACGUGGCCGUCUAUUACAUGAGCAGGACCUCUAACACGGAUGGGGUCGGCACUUUCCUGGACAAAGUGGAUGAAGUGUCAACUGAACCAAUCCCAGCGUCGUGGAGGUCUGAAGUCACUUUUUCUACGCCUGCCAUCUACAUUUAUACUUCUGGGACCACAGGUCUCCCGAAAGCUGCAAUGAUCAAUCAUCAUCGUAUAUGGUAUGCAACUGGCAUUGCUCUUUCAAGUGGGAUUAAGAAGGAUGACGUAAUCUACACCGCUCUACCCUUGUACCACAGUGCUGCACUUUUGAUUGGCGUACAUGGAUGUAUCAUGGCUGGUGCUACUCUUGCUUUACGGACCAAAUUUUCAGCCAGCCAGUUUUGGGAUGACUGUAGAAAAUAUAACGUCACUGUCAUUCAGUAUAUUGGUGAAUUGCUUCGGUAUUUAUGCACCUUACCCCAGAAACCAAAUGAUCGUGAUCAUAAAGUGAGACUUGCAAUAGGAAAUGGCUUGCGAGGAGAUGUCUGGAGAGAAUUCAUCAAGAGAUUUGGGGACAUUCACAUUUAUGAGUUCUAUGCUGCGACUGAAGGCAACAUUGGCUUUUUGAAUUAUACAAGAAAAAUCGGUGCUGUUGGAAGAGUAAACUACCUACAGAGAAAAGUCAUAGCUUAUGCACUGAUUAAGUAUGAUGUGGAAAAAGAUGAGCCUGUCAGAGAUGGAAAUGGAUACUGCAUCAAAGUUUCCAAAGGUGAAGUUGGACUCCUGAUUUGCAAAAUCACACGACUUACACCAUUUGCUGGCUAUGCUGGAGGAAAGACUCAGACAGAGAAGAAAAAACUGAGAGAUGUCUUUGAAAAAGGAGACAUCUAUUUCAACAGUGGAGAUCUCUUAAUGAUUGACCAUGACAAUUUCAUCUAUUUCCACGACAGAGUUGGAGAUACAUUCCGGUGGAAAGGAGAAAAUGUGGCCACUACUGAAGUGGCAGACAUACUAGGACUGGUUGAUUUUGUCCAAGAAGUGAAUGUUUAUGGAGUACCUGUGCCAGGUCAUGAGGGUCGAAUAGGCAUGGCCUCUAUUAAGAUAAAGGAAGACCAUGAAUUUGAUGGAAAGAAACUCUAUACGCACAUUGCCGAUUACCUGCCCACUUAUGCAAGACCCCAGUUUCUAAGAAUACAGGAUGUCAUUGAGGUCACCGGAACUUUUAAACACCGCAAAGUGACCCUCGUGGAAGAAGGUUUUAAUCCUGCGGUCAUCAAAGAUGCCUUGUAUUUCUUGGAUAACAAAGAAAAAACGUAUGUGCCUAUGACUGAGGACAUUUACAAUGCCAUAAAUGAUAAAACUCUGAAACUCUGAAUAUCCCUAGGAGAACCACUCAUAAUAUUUGCAGAAAGAAACUGAAUGGACCUAGUACAGCCACUUGAUAUAAUCCAAGUUUAAUUUGAUUGAAGAUUGUGAGGUGCAAUUUUUUAUGCAUACCAAUAAGGGGAGACUUUUUAAAAUUACAUCUGAACCUUUACAAGUGAAAACAUUUAGAGAUAAUUAUUUUUCAAUUUGCAUCUACUCUUUGUACUUGCAAACUAAGCUUGUUAGGGGAAGGUGUUAUUUUUUUUUAAUAUAUAAUAAAAUAGAUGAACGCCAACAU